CGGCGCAGGCAUGGCGGCGGGAUCGGCAGUGCAGGGCGGCUCCGGGCGCCCCAGGCAGAGCAAGGAUGCCGGCAACCCCUGCACCUACUUCCGACGCGCCGACCUGCUCUGGAUGGCGGUGAUCGGCGUCGGCCUGCUCUACUACAGUUGGGUCGUCUUCGCACCUUCAACAGUCCCUUAUGGCCUCCUGGGACCAUUUGGCAGUGCAACGAAAUAUUUGCUGAAGCAUCAUAAAAUUUGGCUCCAAGUGGGGUAUGUGGUGACCUGGUUAAUCCAUAUAGGAGAAGCCUUGUAUUCACUCAAGCUGUGCAAGGCCAAAGGCAUCACAGACAAAGCAACUCAGCUUCGGUGGUUUGUUCAGACUUUUUUUUUUGGAAUGGCUUCGUUUCACCUGCUUUUGUUUUACAAACCACAGAGGAAGCAUGAAUGAAGAGUUCAACCGGAAGGACAAGUGCAAACGCAGUCCAGCUUUGGGGUAUUGUUUUCCGUCGAAGACUGGCUCCGACCACUACCUGUUUAGGUUUUAGAAGUACAUAGAUGUGUACUUAUGUAGAAAGAGCUCAGAUGUCUUCUAGAUGAGUCCUGUCGUUUUAUAACUAUGGAUGAAGUGAGGAAACUAACUGAUUAAAUACUUCUGGAAAUGAA